AUGAUGAAAACGAAUUUUUUUAGAAGAAGAAAGACUAACAGCCCUUUAACAUUAUUUCUGAAAGUUUGGUAAAAUUUUUCUAUAGAAAAUUUUAAGGAAUUCAAAAAAAUGUAUAGAAUCCAAGAAGCUUUAGAAGAAAUUGACAAAGCUUUAGAUAUCAAUCCAUUAUUAGCACAAGCAUACACUUUGAGAGAUUGA